AUGAUUCAAAAUGCCGUGGUGCAACAACUGCGUCAGGGCGGUGUGCGGGUUACGCCCCAACGGUUGGCCAUCGCCGAAGCAGUGCUGAACUCGACCGACCACCCAACCGUGCAGCAGAUUCACGAACGUGUGCAGCAGCAUUUCCCGUCUAUGACGCUGGCUACGGUGUAUUCGACGCUGGGCGUGCUGUCCAAGAGCGGGCUGAUCCAGGAAUUGCCCUUUGCGAAGCAGUCCCGGUACGAGAGCAACGUUGCCGCAUGUCAACCUGGUUUGCGUCGGGUGCGGCAAUAUUGCCGACGCGGAAGAUAG